AUGGCGGAAUACUCUGCCGCUGGUAGCUGGGGAAGAUGGGACCGGGCGGCUUCAGCCUGGCCGGGCUGGGAAAGCGCCCGCCUCGCAAUGAGGCCCGACUAUGUCAUCGACGGUGCCACAGCACUGUGGUGCGCGGCUGGCGCUGGCCACUUUGAAGUCGUCAAGCUCCUUGUGAGCCACGGGGCGAACGUCAACCACACAACCGUGACCAACUCGACCCCGCUGCGUGCCGCGUGCUUCGACGGGAGGCUCGACAUUGUGAAGUAUCUGGUGGAGAACCAUGCCAGCAUCAACAUCGCCAACAAGUACGACAAUACUUGUCUCAUGAUCGCAGCCUACAAGGGCCACGUGGACGUGGUGCGCUACCUUCUGGAGCAGCAUGCAGACCCCAACGCCAAAGCCCACUGCGGCGCGACAGCUUUGCACUUUGCGGCGGAAGCCGGCCACCUCGAGAUCGUCCGCGAGCUGGUGAAGUGGAAGUCUGCCAUGAUGGUGAACGGCCACGGCAUGACGCCUUUGAAAGUGGCCGCGGAGAGCUGCAAAGCCGACGUCGUGGAGCUGCUGCUGGCGCACGCCGACUGCCACCGCCAGAGCCGGAUCGAAGCGCUGGAGCUCUUGGGUGCCUCGUUUGCCAACGACCGCGAAAAUUAUGACAUAAUGAAGACCUACCACUAUUUAUAUUUAGCCAUGCUUGAGCGGUACAGGGACAGCGAGAGCAUCAUCGGGAAGGAGAUCCUGCCUCAAAUAGAAGCCUACGGCAACAGAGCAGAAUGCCGGACUCCUCAGGAACUGGAAGCCAUUCGUCAGGACCGAGACGCCCUGCACAUGGAGGGCCUCAUUGUCCGGGAGCGGAUUUUGGGUUCGGACAACAUUGACGUCUCACACCCCAUUAUUUACCGUGGCGCUGUUUAUGCAGAUAACAUGCAGUUUGAACAGUGCAUCAAACUCUGGCUCCAUGCCUUGCAUUUACGGCAGAAAGGCAACAGGAACACCCACAAGGACCUCCUACGCUUCGCUCAAGUCUUCUCUCAGAUGAUACACUUGAACGAGCCGGUGAAAGCCAAGGACAUUGAGAGCGUCUUGAGGUGCAGCGUCUUGGAGAUAGAGCAAGGGGCGGCCCGGGUCAGGAGCUCUCAGGACGCCGAGCUCCACACGGCCACGGACAACUACGAAUGCAACAUCUUCACUUUCUUGUACUUGGUGUGCAUUUCCACCAAGACGCAGUGCAGGGACGAAGAGCAGUCGCGGAUUAACAAGCAGAUUUAUAACUUGAUCCAUCUGGAUCCCAGGACGCGGGAUGGGUCCAGCUUGCUGCACCACGCGGUCAACUCCAGCACCCCGGUGGACGACUUCCACACCAACGACGUCUGCAGCUUCCCCAACGCGCUGGUCACCAAGCUCCUCUUGGACUGUGGCGCCGACGUCAACGCCACGGACCACGAAGGGAACACCCCUUUGCACCUCAUCGUCCAGUACAACCGGCCCAUCAGCGACUUUUUGACGCUGCACUCGAUUAUCAUCAGCCUGGUGGAGGCCGGUGCCCACACGGACAUGACGAACAAGCAGAAGAAGACGCCUCUGGACAAAAGCACCACCGGGGUGUCGGAGAUCCUGCUGAAAACUCAGAUGAAACUGAGCUUGAAGUGCCUGGCUGCUCGAGCAGUGCGGGGCUACCGCAUCCCCUACCAUAACCAGAUCCCCAAAACGUUGGAAGAAUUUGUAGAAUUCCACUAGGCGGCCCCAGAUGGAGGCCCCUCCCCCGUGCCCAGGACAGAUUCUAGUUAAUAAACACCAGGCAGAAUUUUCGAAUUCUCUUUUUUCCUCCCUUCUUUCGGCUGCCCUUGGUACGGCAGCACGCACACGCGCACACACACACGCUUGUGCAUAUGCCUCACCAAUGGACCCCUUGCUUUUUUUCCCCCCGGAAGCUUCUCACCUGGUUUCCGAAAUCCCAUUUGGCAAAAAUAAAUCAAACUCCUAAUCAGAGUGGGUGUAAAAUACUUUGGCCCUCUGAUGCACACAGGUUCUCACUGUUGACAGCUGAGAAUGCCUUUGAGUCAGCGCCCUGCAAGCGUGUUUGUGUUUAACUGACGAGUCGGCAUAUCACCUCCUCAACAGCGUGGAAAACAGGAGGAGGGAGGGAGGGAGGGAGGAGCGAAAACAGAAUUCGGGAGCAUUUUGCUACAACAUGCAAAACAGUCCAGGGAAAUUUGUUCCACACCAGCCUAGUUUUAAUGCAUUUCUGUUCCUACUGAAAAUUGCCAGUAAUUGUUUUUUUUAAAAAAUGGUUUCUGCUUGAAAUGAACGUCAUGCUGAUCACACCCUCUAAACAAAGGAAAACGCUGGACAUAAUUCAGAUGUGUGAACGGGUUCAUCUAAGUCAGGGGUCUGCAACCUGUGGCUCUCCAGAUGUUCAUGGACUACAAUUCCCGUCAGCCCCUGCCAGCAUUGUAGUCCAUGAACCUCUGGAGAGCCGCAGGGUGCAGACCCCUGAUCUAAGUGAAACGGGAAGGGACAAAACUAAGCACACGCCUGUUCUCUUUUUAUUUAAGUUACUUUUCAAAAAGUAAGUCCUGGGCACAGGUUCCUUGGUUUUGUCCUUUGGGGUAAGGCAAAGCGUUGUGAUUAACCCUGGCUCUGAAACCCACAUCCAGACUGUUCCCCGCUGCGUUUUCCUGAUGUCUUCCAAACAGUUGCUCUGCAAGCAUUUUUUUCCCAAAGGGUUAACAGAUCACCUCUUAGAUAUACAGUGUUUAACUGUUAGCAGGGAAGGCUCAGGGAAGAAGAAAAUGCUGUUAUUGCAGUGCCCGGCCUUGAGAACAGACGUUCACCUUUUCAUUCCUUUCAUCAUGGGAUUUUUCAGGAAAAUUCUCCCCCCUCCUCCGUUACAACAAAGCCCCGAUCAUCUUCUGUGAAAACUGAUUUUUCUUUUAAUCAUUAGCAGCACGUGGCUGAAGGAUGUUUGGCCUGUUAGCAGCAUCUCUCCCUGCCAGAAACUUCGUCUGCUGAAUGUCAAAUUUUGAUCGGUUGCAAAAAUUGCACACGCACACCCCCCCAUUUUCAAUGCCACUUUUAAAGAGUUCAGUGGGAAAAAAAGAAUGUUCUGCGGUCAUAUUUUUGAAAACGGAUCAGCGGGUUCGCAAAAGGGAUGCUCUGGUCACGGACACGUUUGUAUUACAAAUAAAACCUUGAAUGUGAAA